AUUUCAGGUCAAAAUUCGAUUUGAUGAAUCAAACGCUCGCCCUACUCAAAUGCCUAUAGAGAAGGCCAUCAGAGCUCUGUCUGCUGCUCGUCAAUUUUUGGCCGUAUCUUGGGUUGAGAAGGUUCUGUUUUGUGGGAAAGAGGUUUCGAGGCAUUUCACCAGUUUUUCCCCUUUGUUUCUGUUGGAAGCUUCUCAUCACUUGUUCUUCGGUGCUGCUCUUCUUCUUUAGGCGCCGCUUGAUCACUGUGCGCUUGGAAUUGGCAAAAUUGCCUCUGCUUGUCUGCGAUGGUUUGCUUUGAGAGGAAGGGUUGAGUUUCCGAGUCGUUUGUGGUUGGGACGGAUUAGUUAAUCUGGGCCGGGUGGUCUGUUAUAGGGCCCUUCUUUGGAAGCCUAUGCUUGAUUUGAACUUCUCCUGUCUUACGCUGUUUAAGCCCUUUUAUUAAUGAAAUUCUUCUUACUGUCUCUGGCUAAAAGAAGUAAGAAAUAAAAGAGUCAACUCCAAUUUUAACGACAAGUCGUAUGUUUGCAACAAAAAUACCGAAUGGCUGUGGAGAGUAGAGGCCAGGCCAAAGCAUCUUUCUCCUUUUGUUUUUGAAUGGUCGAGUGCAAUACUGCUGCGGCUGAACGUAAUUUUCAAUUUUGGAGGGAAAAUGGAGUUGCUUAAACUUUCUAAAUUCAAGCUCCAGCUUCAAGCCCUAACCUCCGAACUUCGAGAUCUCAGAGAAAGAGAACGCUCUGCUACCGAACAAUGCCAUAUUCUAAUUCAGAAACAAAAGCAAUCCGAGGAGGAAUACGGAAGGAAGUUGCAGGAUUUGCAGGCGGAGUUAGCUUCUUCCAACGAAUUGCGCAAUAAGCUUGAACGGAAGGUGAGUUACCUUCAAGACGACAAUGCUUUGCUUGAGAAUAGACAGAAGGAGAUGCAAGGAACAAUACAGACCCUGCUUCAAUCUAGGGAAAGCUUCGUGCAUGCUUAUGAGGAAUCAACUUGUGAGAUGAAACGUGCAAUUGAAGCCAGAGAUAGAAAACUCGGUCUCCUAUCAGAAAAGCUAGAUUCUCAUCUGUCGUUGUUUGAUUGUAUAGAAAAGGAAACUUUCUCAAUCAAGCACGUUGUGGACACUGUGCAACUCCUUGUGCUUGAAAAAGAGGAAGUAGCUGGCUUAAGGAGCAAGAUGGAUAAGGUCUCUGUUUUUGAAGAAGUAUUUGUUGAAAAGGUCCAUGACCUGGAAAAUAAACUGAAAAAUAAUGAGGAUGAGCUCCAAAGAAAGGGGAAAAUUAUAUCAGACCUAGAAGGACAACUGGAAGCAGCAAAUAUUAGGAACAAUUGUCAAACUCAAAUAGAAGAGCUUCAGAAAAAUCUUUUGGCAAAGGAUGCAGUAAUACAGAAUCUGAUUUCUGAGAAAGAGGCUCUACAUUGUGAAGUGGGGAAUUUAGCAGUAAUUUUACAGAAGGUUAAGGAGACUGUUAAAAAUAUGGAUGAAGAGGACAAAAAGGCAUUAUCCUCUGCACUGAAAUGUCAAGAUGACUGUGGUACAGUCAGGACAAAUGAAGAUAAUAGCGGAGAAUCAUCUCGUAUUAAAGCUCCCAUGAUAGGAACUGCAGAAAAUCGAGCUUUGCUUACAUGUCAGGUGCAGCACUCAGUUGGUAACCUCCUGCAAGAAAACAAUCAUUUAAACUCCUGUGUGUCAGAGUCUGCUUCUUCUGCACUGCACUCACCUUGCUCUGAACUUCAAUCUGCAGUUAAUGGUCCAAGCAUUGCAGAAAAAAAUGGGAAGUUUAUUGCAACAACACACUUAGAUUCUGAGUGCUCAACAACUCAGGCAAAUACCUCAGAUCAGAAGUGCCAGAAAGAGAAGGAAUAUGAUAAGAAUAAUGCCAUUUGACACCACUGCUUGUACUUCACACAAGACAUGUAAGUUUGAUUGGGCCUUGGUGAAUGAAGCCCAUUUCUAGUUAUAUCUCUGGUGGGCUUUGAAACCUCUUGUUCAAUGUUCAGUGCUUAACAGCUCCAAAAUUGUAAUGUUGAACAUUGAAUCCUGAGCGCAGGAUGAUAUCAGCCAGGGUGCGCAAAAGCUGACUGGUCCCUUUUCUCUUACCCACCAAGGUUUGAUUUUGGUAAUUGGUCCCCAUAUGUGAUUUAGGGCGGACAUGAUUGCAAGUGAAGAAUCAGUAAAAGUCAAACAGAUGAGUACAGAGUUGAUUAGGUAAAUUGUCGAGACUGCGGAGAAUAAAUAUUGUCAAUAUUUGGCAGCGGAGGCAAGGGACUGUCCUCUGGCCAAAUCAUAUAUGUUACCGUCAUUCCAAUGUAACUUAGAAAGUAGAGACUGCCCAAAUCUCUCUUUUUGGAGCCAGGUGUUCUUAAUGUCCUCUGCCAAUGGAAUCAUCCUUAAAUUUGAUUCUCAUUCUAGUUCGAGGCAGACUUUGCACUUGACAGCAUGACAAUGCAGAACCGAUUCUAAUUUCUAUAAUGAAUUUUUAUUUGGUUAUAUUUUCUAAA